AUUUCACAGACGUUGAUUACUUGCGUGAGCUGAGUGCAUUGUAAAUUCGUUUCAGUCGGGGAUAGUACAUUCUUCACCCGACACAUGACGUGUUCAAAUUAAAUGUUUGGCUGUGGGACUACUGAUCGAUUGGAAAUGUGGGUUAGGUGUAAUGCCUUACUUUGACUCCUGUCAGGAGAAGUCCUCAUCCAGUGUGCACGUAUCGACGACUAUUAAGCUGUUAGAUUCAUGAUUCAAGCCUGAUAGAGUAUAAAACAACACGAAAACGGAGCGACACUUUCGUAACACAAAAUGUUGUGCAGUAUAAACGCCGCUUAGUAGACCAUUCCCUUCUUUGCAUGCUACGCUUCGUUCGCUCUCGGAUGCGAAUAUUGGUGAUCAUGUUUCUUUCCAUUUCUACUCUCAUAGUGGUGGUGUUGUCAUUUAUUUCGACCGUGUGGAGGUUGUCAACUUUCUAUCGGCCCCCAGUGGUAAAUCUUCCCUUUCGUUACUUCACCUCCGGAUUAUUUACAGUAUUCGACAUAGUCAAGAACUACACGGCAGAUUAUGACAAAACCCUUAUCUACAACAAGAUCCAUCAUGAACUGAAUCAGUUUUGCAGCAUACAUACUUUGCAAGAAGUGUAUAUCGAAAUGUUUGAUCAAAUUGAUGAAUACUUGAAGCGAACUUUACAGGAAGAUCUUACGGUAAUGGCUCCUGGACUAUUCGUUCAAGCCGUGCGGGUCACAAAACCGAAAAUUCCGGACGCAAUCAGACGCAAUUAUGAGGCAGUAGAGGCGGAAAAAACAAAGCUACUAAUAGCCAACCAGCGCCAGAAGGUUAUCGAACGAGAAGCAGAGACAGAACGACGCAAGGCAGUGAUAGGAUAUCUAUCCAAGCUCGAGCUUCCUUUCAAGCGUGGCACAUUCAUCGAGUUUCGAAAAGGAUUAAUUAAUGUGUGUCCAGUUGGUCGAAGCUGUUCGCAGGAAGAACGGGAUGAAUUCGCAAAAUACGACGAAGAACAUCAAAUUCGACAGAAAUUUGUUGAUGACAUGCGUUUGCACUUCGGAUCAAUGGAACUUCAAUUUGCAAUAGGUGGUCAGAUAAGCAUAGAUGUAUUUCCUCGUGGAUGGGACAAGCGUUACUGCCUACAAUUCCUGAAGGAUUAUGAUGAGAUCCACUUCUUCGGUGACAAAACAAGUGAGGGUGGGAACGACUACGAGAUCUAUGUGGAUAGAAGAACUAUCGGACACGCGAUUCAGACACCUGAGGAUACACAGUCACAACUUAUGCGGAUGUUCCCUUGAAUCAAAUGUGUCAGAAGUUUUCCUGAAUCUGCUGACAAUUUUUCGGGAGGCAGUGGUCGAUUGUGGUUUGUUAGAAGUCUAUAUAAAUUCACCGAUUUUCAAUAAAGCAAUUGGUUUGGAGCCCCUUGCACGUCCAUACGUUUCGCACUUAAUACCCCCGCGAAUCGAUAUCGUUUUCAAACGCACAAACCGCUUCGCUGAUUGAAUAAUCCCGAUCGGUCUGUCAUUACCGUCACUAUUUAGCAAAAACUAGCAUUUCUGGUGUCCCA